UUACUCCGUACUCCGUACUCUUUUUGAAAGCUACUACUCACUCCCUGUACUCCGUGCUUCAUUUCACUCCUGUCAGCCUCCUUCUUGCUCGUCCUCGACGCCGUGCUCAUGUUGUCGUUCUUGUCUGGGAGGCGUUCAGUCUACGAAAGAUGCUGACCCUAGCUUAUCCAUCACUGUUGUUCGGCCUUCUUCUGACCCAAGGAGCCCUUGCGCAGAAUGUUGGGCAGUGGAACAUACCUGAGGGGACUAGGCCGAAUUUCACCGAUGUCUACAACAAUGGAAACAGCAUCACCUGGUCGUGGCAGGGUAUGAACCGUUCCAUGUCCGACUUGUGGUUGACCAGCUUCGAUCCCACAGCCUCGUACGCCCUACGUGUCGCUUCAAACAUCAACAUUACCGAGCCCGGAACGCUGCCCUGGACGAUCACUGUGACCGAGACGCAGAUCGAUAUUGACGACCGCUUUUGCCUAAGAUUCGUCCUUACAGGGACAGAUAUUUUUCCACUCCACGCCGACCAAUUUCCCAGUCCAGCAUUCCUGAUUCUGAAGCGCGGACAGACACUAUCUGCGACGACCGCCUCGAGCCCUGCCAAUGUGCGCAGCUCGAGUGUUGGCGCAACGUCGGCUGCCGCGACGAACCCCUUCAGCACGACCUCGUCUUCCCCAUCCAUCUCCGCAACUCCCCAUCCAGCUAUCGACCCACCCCGUCCAGGUCUCAGCGCAGGAGCCAAAGCAGGGAUUGCUGUUGGCGUGGCUGCAGUGUUGGUGAUCAUACUCGGUCUAUCAUUCUGGGUCAUGAGGUUGUACCGACGAGUCAAAGCUGCCUCCAACCACCACUCCAAGGGGAUCAUUCCAGAAUAUCACGAGUCCAUGCCAACGAAUGCUGCCGAUGCAACCCCAACCAUCAAAUAUAUCUCCGGUGUUCACGAGGUAGUGGGUGAUAGGAGACAACCUACAGAGAUGAGUACGAAGCGGGAAGAGAAGGUCAUAUAUGAAAUGGCAGGCUGAUUCAUGUCUGCUUAUGGGAACAACUCGGUGUAAAAGUCAGUUUGUCUAAGAUAUAUCUCACUCAAGCGCUUGAAAAGACGUGCGCACAGCGAAAUGAAUGGUUUGGACGAAUUGACGACUGCCUCUCUGGCAACAACGCUCCAAGCCUUACAAGUAAGAAGGACUCUGUGGCCGAGAUAUCAUUUCAGCAUCAACUUGGUGUUUUGAUGCUCGUUCUCCGCCACAUGAGGUGUUCCCUUCUCACCAUGCACGGUACAAGGCAUGCGGUCCCUAAGGAUCAGAACCUGCUGCGGUGACCAGGUCAUUUCGCACCCAAGUCGCACUCAGCAUCGACCGUACCUUUCUCAAAUGGUCCCACCGUAGCGCCUAUGGAAGUCAAGUCAAGAAGCCCUUGUUCAUCGAGCACGAGAUGACGUCUAUGGGCAGCGUUCGAGAUGAUGCCGCAACAAAUGCUCAGAUCUACAAAGGAAGAUUCGACGACACUUAAGCAAGACCUGAUGGCGGUUGCCCUCGCACGCACUUUGAUCGGUCUUUCAGCACUCGCCAGCACUUGCACAUCGACUGAUCCAGAGGCCCGAGUUCGUUGCUUCCUAUUAAGCGAUCCGCUCCUUCCUCGACACAGGUCCACGCCACCUGCGACCGACACAUCUCAAGCCCAACGGUUGCUGGCUUCGAUCAGCUUCUCACAAACGUUAAUCUGUAUCACAGCUUUGCUUUGCAUAUUUUUUCAUACUCAUAGCUAUCAGUCUGCUUUACACAGAACGCCGUUUGUCCAGUCUGGACCUUUGAUCUCACAAUUUGGUUACGGAUACCCUCGUUUGUCCUACCGGCCCGCGAUCUCUUUCCGACUUCGAGUUCAGGAUGAGCCCUUGUGCAGAGACGUCUAGGCACCCAGGCAACGCCGCCAUGGAAGUUGAGACGGAUACCACAGACCUCGAAGAACGUAUUUGGGACAUCAGGAAGGAGCUAUCAAAGGCCGAGGCAUUGGCGAUGCUCAGGACAAAUUUGAGCCUGGACAAAAUAAAGCUGCAAACUAUGACUUCCGGAGAAAGACUGUCUGCUGCCGAUCGAAGUUUAAUAGGCAUAAUCCUGCAGGCCGUCCCUCUCGCUCGAUUGUCCACCCACGCCACUUUAUUCAUCCUGUUUAUCAGCUAUCUCCGGGUGAGGUCACUGGAAUGCAUCAGGGUGACCAAUCUGAACAAUGACACCGCCUGCGCUCUCUAUGCCUGGAAAGCUGAAGUGGUCUUAACACUGAUCCGGGGGAUUAUUCAAGAACGACAAAAAAUCCAAUAUUCAUUUGAUGCACUACGGUACUCGAUUUCAACGGAUUGUUGUUGUGGUACUAUCAGGAACAGAUGCGAUCAGGACUUCGACAAGUUGAGAGACAAUGAAAGACGUAUCCGCGCAUCCGAGGAACGUUUUCUGUCUGAAAUGUCUCGCCUGUCGGCGUCACCAAUCAUCGUCGAGACAUUACGGUCGACGGGAGUUGGAGGACAUGCUGAAGGAUCAUGCGCACUCUGGGAAGUGCUCAGACAUGAAAUAAAGAGCAUUCCGGCCGCAUGCCAUAUAGAACUACCAGACCUUGCUCUGCCUUCAAAUGUGACGCUCUUGGGCGGUGCCUUGCAAAUAUUGUGCCGGAAAGGGGCUGUGGCAAACAAGAGUCGAGGAGAAAAGGCUGCAGAUCUGGGAUGCGGGACACGUUGGCUCUAAGGUCUCGAAGGUGCAUCUAUCUUGGUAGUUUAGAGGAAGCGAAUGUCUUUCCUUCAGAUAUCGCGCAGGAUGGUCAAAUGAUAUGGAUCACCAAACGCAGCUGGCGUACUCGUAUCUUCAUCGUUCUUCCUCAUUAGUGAACACAUGGCACAAUUACAAUGACAGGACAAUCCGCAUUCGAAUACCAAA